AAAAACGCAACGUAACCAUAAAAUACAGCAAGACCCCUAAACGCCCUCAAAAAUGCAAUCUACACCAGCGAAAGCCGCCACUAAACCUGCAACGCACUUUCAUCUCUUGUUCACAACUACAAUGCACACAACGUCCUUCCACGGUCCCCGCUCGGCACGUUUCAAGACUCUUCCACCCGUCACAGGCGAUAUUGGACCAGGCGGGUAUGACGUUGACCAAACAACCACCUUUACAAGCGCCCAUAAACCCAUUUCCAAACUCGGAUUAUGUGUUCGUACAGGUCAACGGUUUCGGACACCCUCCGCUGAGUCCCCUGGUGUAGGCACCUACGAUCCUCCGUUUUUGAACACACUAGAUAAACCAGCUGUCAGCAGAUUAGGCAUCCUAGCAUCCAAAUCGCCCAAAAGUAGCCUCGAAUCACAACUGACUCAAACUUUCACAAUGGUUCCUGGCCCUGGUACAUAUGAUAUCAAUUAUGCAAUCGGCCGACAUGUGUUCAAUGAUGAUAGGUUCCGGAUUUACAAGUCAGAUAAAAUCCUUAAAAGAGACGAGAAGAACAAGACGCAACUCGCGGAACUUCGUAAACUCCUCGGUGCUGGUGAUUUGUUUACGGAUAAACGGGCGUGUCGACGUAUGGCACAUUUAGCGUUGUAUUAUUGAGGUAUCGUUUAGGUCGCUGUAGCGUAGUGUAGUCAGUGAUUGUUGGUAGCACAGCUUGGUUUAGGUAGAGGUAGAGAAAACAGCAGCAAAGCAUAGUAUGGAUAGUCGCAUCUUGACAAAUAGAGGUAUUUUCAGCUCCCAGG